AAAUUUUAAGGUUAUAAAUGUGUUUACCUCUUUUUUUUUAAAUAAAUUAUUAAAAAAGCUUAGAAAAAUGAAUUUGUUACCCAAGUCUAAAGAACAGUUCAGUCAAAAAGAGUACUGGGAUACAUUUUUUAAGAAGAGAGGAAAUAAAGCUUUUGAAUGGUAUGGGGAAUAUCCUGAAUUAUCGCAAUAUUUACAUAAAUAUAUUAAAAAACAGGAUAAUAUCCUUAUAACAGGAUGUGGUAAUUCCACUUUAGGUAGAGAUCUUUAUGAUAUUGGAUAUAGUAGUAUAACAAAUAUUGAUAUUUCACAAGUAGUAAUAAGGCAGAUGUUAUCACAAAAUGAAAAGCCAAGAAGUAAUUUAAAAUAUAUACAAAUGGAUGCCUUAAACAUGACAUUUGACAAUGAACAAUUUAGUGUAGUCUUGGAUAAAGGUACCUUAGAUGCCUUAAUGCCUGAUGAUUCAAAAGCAACCAUAGAAAAUAUCAAGAAAUAUUUCAAUGAGAUUUCAAGAGUAUUAAGAGUUGGAGGAAGAUAUAUUUGUGUAUCUUUGCUUCAGGAACAUAUCUUGAAAUAUGCUUUGGAAUAUUUUCCUUCCAAUAACUUUAUGUUUCGGAUUGUAAGGUGUUUUGAAGCAGAAAGGAAAGCUAUUGAAAAUGGAGAGAAUUCCUUACCUGUAUUUAUUUUAGUAUGUACAAAGUUCAAGGCACUAACUCAGAAGGUUUUAGAAUUGAAUUUAGGUUCUGCAGAUAAAAUGCAUAGGUGCAAUAAUUCUAGCGAACUCCUAGCUCAGGUUCGAGACACACAAAAUGCAGCAUUUAUUUGUUCAGGUUUGAAAAGGACAUGUAUAGCUGAAGAAAGUGAAGUGGUGUUAGAACUUUUUGAACAAGGUUCAUCAGGUACUAGGUUUACAGUAUAUGUAGUUGAUAUUCCUCAACAGAAAGAUUUCUCUAAGUAUGCAGCAUUUAUUGUCCCAGAAGGAAGGGAAGCUGAAUGGCUAUUUUCGACACCCAAUGGAAGAAAAAAAUUGGUAGAAAUAACAAGGAACAACAGGUUAGCGAUUAUAACUUUACACAGAGGUCAAAAGUAUGAAUCAUUUGAUGCAGUUCAAGUAGAGUUGACUGAUUUUAUUUGUAACUUGGCACCACCUGGCUUAAAAACGAAACAGAUUCCUUUUCUUUCGCUUGGAUCGGACGUAGGACAUCGAAUAAUCAAACACGAAGGACAUUCCGAAGCUUCUGGGGAUUUUGUGAUAGAAGAUGUGAUCACAGAAAACGACGAAAAGUACAGACGACUGUUCUAUAUGAAUUCCCAAAAUGUGAUACAGUCUGAAGCGAAAAUAAGAACUAUCAAAUCGAGGAAAGGUGCAACACGAGAAGUCAUUGAUUUAAUAUAUUUAACUUGUAGACAUCACAUUUAUAUGACAAUUGCUAGUUAUGUGGCCUGUAGGGGGAAAACGAAAUCAAAUAUUUCAGUUGUUGGUUUAGGAGGCGGCGGUCUAUGCUCUUUUUUACAUAAAUUCCUUCCUAAGACUAAUAUUCUUGGUAUUGACAUUGACGAAGACAUGCUGAAGAUCGCAAAGGAAUGGUUUGAAUUUAAAGAAGAUGACAAAUUGAAGGCUAGAAUACAAAAUGGUUUGGACUAUUUGAAAGAAUCGGCACAAAAAGGUGAAACAAUAGAUGCUCUUUUAUUUGAUGUUGAUAGCAAAGACUCUUCUAUUGGCAUGAGCUGUCCUCCACAGGGAUUUUUAGACAAACCAGUCCUGGAGAAUGUUGUAAGAAUACUAGAUAAGCGUGGUAUAUUUGUGCUAAAUGUGGUCCUUCGAGAAAAUUCCCUCAGGCCUGGAGUUCUAGCGUCUCUAAAGACCCAUUUCCAAAACAUUCUUAGUUACAAACUACAAGAAGAUCUAAACGAAAUAUUCAUAUGUUCAAAUAGUCCCAUAGAAAUUGAACAUAUAAAAGAAGGCUGUUCAGAAAUCAACUCACUAUUCAGAAAGCAUGGUAUAAAAGAAAAUGGAGUGGACGCUGAAAAAUUAAUUAGUCAAUUAAUUGUUCAGUCUGUAUUUAUUUAAAAAAUAUAGAAAUAGGUCAAUCAAUGCCUUAAUGUAAAUAUAUGAUAU